CCUGACUGGGAGGCCGGCAGGGCGGGGAAUGGGCUCCCACAGGCACCAGGCGGCCCUGCGGCUGUACGAGUGUCUGCUGCACACUCCAGUUUAUACCUCCUGAUAUUGUCGAGGUCCGGUGAUGUGUUCUAUGUAGAUGUUCCUCGACCGCCUGAUGGCAUCCAACACCGUGAGUUGCCGCAUCAGCUGAGCGUAGCGUUGACCGAUUCCACGUUCUCUCAGCACUCGUUUGUUACCGGAGUCCCAUGCGCCCAGGGCUCUGACGGUCAGUGUAGUAUAUAAUGAAGGAAACAAAGGUAUCCCCAAAGACCCAUUUCCGUUUGAGGCUGAUGUCCAAGUACAUUUGAUUGGCGAGGGUUGCAGAAGUCCCUUAGAAAGUUUUUGGAAUGGAAACAGUAUGAUUUUCAUUAUGCAGAAAGCGGGACAUGCUGAACUAACCGACCAAAUGGAAGAAUCACAAAUAGAUGAUGCCACUUACAUUUCAGAGUUUAUGCCACAGAAAGGUUCUGGACCAGUUGCUCUAUCUGUUACAAGAGGAAAGCAACUGAUUUCACUCUAUACAAUGGCACAAAAUCCAAACAUGGCCCAUUUGAAGAUAAGCAAACCAGUUGUGCUUCCUCCCCUGUGGGUAAGAUGUGACAGCUCUGACCCUGAACAUAUCUGUUGGCUAGGUGCUGAGCCUCUCAAAAAUGGGGACAAAAUCACAGGGAUCAGUUUCCAUAUAGUUACAUGUAAUGGUCCUACAGCUGACAAAACGUGUUUUGCAAAUCUAGAAGACCUCAAAAAGGCACACAAAUUCAGACAUCACUCAUCUAUUGUGGCAACCAAAGGCUUUGCUCAAUAUGAGCUCAUUCGAUCCACUACAUUGGAGGAUACAGUGGUUGAAUCAGAGAGUAAUAUAUAUGUUGAUAUUACAUGGAAUAUUGUGGAUAAGAUUCUGCAGACACCUCCACUCACUGCAGUGGCGACAUUGAAUAUUAGAUUGGAAUCUGGGGACCCCAGGAGUCCUGUGUUCCAGUUGCAUAGAGAAUUGCAGUUUCUCCUUGUUUUGGCUGAAGGCUUGAAGACUGGUGUGACUGACUGGCCUGAGCCUUUGGUAGCUGAAUCAGCGGUUGAGCUUGUCAAGGAACUUCUGAAUGAUUUAAAGAAUAAAGUGGAUGGGUUUAAUACAUCAGUACAUAAAAAUGAUGCAGAGAAAGUCCAAUGUGACUCUGCUGCAGUCGACAGUUCAAUAAAGUCACUUUUUAGUGAGCGAGGGGACCUGGAUUUUGCUGAACAGUUGUGGUGCAAAAUGAGAAGGAGUGUCGCUUCCUAUCAAGACUUGGUAGAGUGUUUCACACUGAUCAUAAAAUCCCUAGAACAUGGUGAGAUACAGCCUUGGAUUCAUCAAGGGAGUAGCAGUUUACUAAGCAAAUUGAUUCAACAAUCCUAUCAUGGAGCUAUGGAGGCUAUUUCCCUCAGUGGUGUCACUCCAAUUCAAAUGCUUCUGGAGAUUGGUCUGGACAAAAUGAAGAAAGAUUAUGUCAGUUGUUUCAUAGGCCAAGAACUUGCAACAUUAACCUAUCUGGACUACUUCAUUUCCACAUCAGUAGAGCUACAGGAGCAGGUUCAUCGCAUUCAGAAACUUCAUCAUAUGCUGGAAAUAUUGGUCAGCUGCACAGUCUUUCUUCACUUCAAACAUGAGAACCUCUUCCCUUUGAUGCAGUCCUGCAUAAAAUAUUACAAAGAAAAUCCUCUGAAUGAGAAGCAUGUGUUUCAGCUACCAAUCAGGCCAGCUGUUGUCAAUAAGUUCUAUCAAAAUGAUCAUGCACAAAUAUGGAGGGUGGAAAUAAAUAGUGGACAUGGUCAGAAGGAGGUUAAAACGGUAUGGCAGCUUAGUACUAGUCCUCCUGUUGAACAUAUGACUUCGAACAACCUAGAAGUACUUUGUGAUACAACAGUUAAUGGAAACAGCGAAGAAAGUAUGUAUUAUAUUACCAUGGCCAACUGCAGUCAGGUGCAUUUUGCAUAAAAGAAUGCUGUUGUACAGAUAGACACUUAGAAGUUACCAUGGAACAGGUUGAAAACAGAACUUGCCAACAAUCUGCCUAUUCUUGAAAUAUAUAUUAGCAAGCUUUGAAACAAUUUAAUCUCAGCCAACUGUUGCCCUAAUGAAGAAAAUGCAUACUUUGCAAAACAUGAAGGAAGAUAAAGCCUGCUGCUGAAUUUUGAUAGAAAAUAAUACUGAGACGUGAAUUGACUUUGUAAAAUUUCUAAAUUACAUCUUAUGGGUGAAUCGAAUAAAAUGUAGAAGCAACAAUAUGUACACAAAAGUAAAGCUGAAUUUUUUUUUUUUAACAUUACAGUGUUACGUAAAGGAGUCAUCUGUGGAAACCUUUAAAACAAUGUUAGAAUAAGAAUGGCAUUUUAUUGCCUAUGCAAAAUGAAGAUGUUAUGUAAACUUGUAGUUUUAGUUGUGCUUCCGAAGGAGGAACAUUAAUAGAAUGGCACUGAUAAGUAUGCAGAGUGUGAACACCGUUGGUACAACAAUCUCAGUCACCAUUUCCAUGUGAGUAGUCAAGGGAUCUGAAAUUUGAGAAGAGAAACAAUAAUAGAUAAGAUCUUUUCUAAUGGAAUAAUUUUAGUUAUUUAUUCAUUCUAUUUUUUAAGCACAGAUGAAUAACUUUGAAUCUUCUUGAACAUAAUUUGUUUAAAGCUAAAAUUAAUUUUUUUACAUUGGCAUCUGCAUUAAACUGGCGUCACUAGAAACAACAGAGAGAAAUAAAUUGUAAAAGAUAGAAUAAACAUGUUUUAUAUAUUUUGAAAAUCUGCAGCAAGUUUAUGUUAAGCUCUCCUCAUCUACAUCUUUUGUGGUAAAUUCUGAAACACGUCAGUGCUCAAAGGGUUACAAAAAAUUGUGCUUACCAUGAAUUAGUCUCAGUAUAUUAGCAGCAAUAUUCCGCUGUUCCUCUAAUUUUCAAGGAAAAGGGAAAAAAGAAAAUAGUCAAAGAAAAAUCUUUGGAAAGCACUCUAACCCUUUGAGGACUGCAUUGUAUCUCUGUGGAAUUAAAAUUAAAUUGCUUCUUUAAACUUUUAUUUGGUGAUUGUAAUACAAAUUGUUUUGAUGCACACACAUUUUUUAAUUAUAUAUAUUAGUAGCCCUCAAAGAGUUGAAUGAGAAACACACUUAAGCUAUAGUGAUAUGUUAAUUCAUAGGGAUGGACCCCUCAUAUCUUAAUCCUACAGUAUUGGCCACACACAUGUACAAUAUCAUCCCAUCUUCCUUAAUGAUUUCAGGUGUCCACUCCAAUAGAGUUUUUCCCCCAGUUCAGGAACUGAUGACCCCUUCACAAGCCCCAGCAUGGGAGCUGGAGCUGGAGGCAGAAGGGAGGUGUUGGAGGCAGGCCACAGCACUGUGGAUAUUCCAGGCAGUGCUGUGGUUUGUAGGGCAGUCUGGGGAAGCUGCCUUAAUUUAGAUUCUGAGAGCCUGUCUAAUUUAUGCCAGGAGCUUCUCCAGUCCCCAGAGCAACAAAGCACAAAGGUGGUUUAAAGUCACCUCAGCUCUCCCUCCCCCUGGGCUGCAAGUUCUCACCCCUAGUUUUUAAGCUCAUCAUUCAGAGGCUACACAUUUGCCUUUUCUUUUUCCCUGUUGCAUGAUUGCCCUGGGUUUAGUUUUUGUUUUUGUUUUUGCUUUUAUGUUUGAGAAGGGCAAACAGUCACUGAGAAAUGCUAUUAUCUGCAGAAGUAAGUUUUUAACAGCUGUGACUCCUCAGUGUUUUUACUAUAAUUCUUAAGAAAAGAAAAUUCAGAAAUAUUAAAAAACUGUAAUACAAUCCUGUUAGCUGCACUAUUUUGAAUUACUAGUAGUAAAUUAAGAGGUACCAUUUGAUUCUGAAGUUUGUCAUAAUUUUUAAAAAGAUUUGGCUUUCUGUUUUCAAGGAGAAAAUAUUUCAUGAACCCAGUUUUAAUGUUCAGUCACAGAAAUGUUUUCCCUUUAAACCCAUAUAAUGUAUAUUUACUGGAUGAGUAAAACAGAAUAAAUGUAAUUACCUGCAGCAAGGAGUUGGUUUGUGAUAGAACAAGUCUCUAUAGCCUUUUGGUGCCAACUUUUCACCUAACAAAAUCAAUAUUAUUUAUUAUUUGAUGUGAUACUAAUAGUUUCACCAAACUAUGAAUAUAUUCAGUCUUAUUAGCACCAUUUUCAAUGCCUCUGAAUUUUAGUCAUUUACAAAACUUUCCAGUAUUCUUAUUCUCACACUACAUGUCAAUUGUAUGACAUUUUAUGUUACUUUGUACAUGAAUAUUAUUUUAAUAGAUUUUCAUGUUGUUAAUUGUUUGGGACGAUACAAAAUAAACUGGAAAACCCACUCAA